AUGAGUGUUGGUAAAAUAGCAGCAUAAACAGGUCAUGCAAUCUUAGGAAAUUAUUAACUCUUAUAAAAAUCUCAAUAUGAAAUGUAAUUAUUAAAUUAAUGGAAACAAAAAGGAAGUUAAAAAGCUGCUUUUAAGGUAAACUCUAAAGAAUAAAUGCUUUCCAUUUAAUAAAAAGCAAGUUCUUAAGGAAUCAGUACUUAUAUUGUAUGCGAUGCUGGAAAAACAUAGAUUGAACCAGGAAGUAUUACUGUAUGUGCAAUAGGGCCUUUAAAAAGUGAAAAUGUAGAUAAAAUUGUAGAAGGAUUAUAACAUUUUUGA